UGGUGUGUGGAGGCCGCAGGGCCCUCAGAUUGUCUCGCGGCAUCUCUAGGACGUUCCGGGGGCGGUGGGCUUGUUGGAGGACCGACGAACAGCUGAGAAGGAUCUCCUUCAGCUCCGUUCCCUCCGGAAAGGGUCCAGCAUGCCGGGUGCACCCGCUCGCGCACCUGAAGUUUCAUACCAGCAUGGAGGAUAACACGGCUUCCCAGUCCAGGGCCACCUCUCCUUCCUCUUCAGUCCGGAAAAGGCACAGAUCUCCUUCACAAGAGGCCGCUGGCGGGAUCACAGCCAAGGUCAGGCCCAAGGCUGCUUCUGGGGGGAAAACCUCCAAAUUGGCUGAAAGACAGGCUAGCAGGAGACACCAGGCAUUGGAAAAAGAGUUUGAAAAAGCUCAAAAACAGGCCAGGGCUGAGACUGCUCAGACAGAGUCCACCUUUUUUGAUCUACCUCUAGGUCUUGCUGAUGCUCCUCAGGAGGUCUGGGCACCGGCAGAACCCAGCUCUUCUUAUGACCAAGCCGAGGAGGUACCUGAGGUGCAGGCCUUCAGGUCCCCCCACACCCCGGAAGCCACCUUUACACCUACGGCUGCAGGGCUUAGAGGGGAGGAACUCACCCUCUCAGCCCUGGAUGAUAGGAUUCAGGCCUUGGUAGACCAGGCAGUGGAGCGGGCCCUUACGAUCCGGACCCCGUUGGUGCCCAGAGCGGAAUCCUUGCUCUCCAUUCCUCUUUCAUGUCCAGUAUCGCACAGUUCUCGAGACCCUCCUUCUCCCUCCUAUUCUUUUUUAAGCGGGGUCUCAGCGACCCCAGAGCAGGAUCAGGCGCUCGACGCUUCAUGGUCAGAGGAGGAGGAACCGAUUCCGGAUCCGCCCCCGUUUGGAGGGCUAUUUAAUCCAUCGCUUUUCCUCCCUCUGCUUCGCAAGGUUAGCUCAGUACCACAUGGGAGAACCAGCCAGCCCGCCCCAGGAGCUCCCUCAACAGAUCCAGAGGCGGACCCUGUCUUCAUUGAACCAGUGGCCACCCAACAUCAUUUCCAUGUCUAGCCUUGUUCCUCAACACAGU